AUGGCGGCUCCUCGCUCCGCCAUCCUGACCGCGGCCGUCGUGCUCGCCUGCACCAGCCUGAUGGCCGCUUUCGUGCCCUCGCCGGUCGCGUCGCGCCCGACAGCGCAGUCGCUGCCGACGGCGGCGCUCAGCGCGGUGGCGCUCGCGGCGCCCACCGCCGCCCACGCGGAGGGCUCGAGCGUGUGGAUCCCGGCCCUGUCCGCCGUCGGCGCCGGCUUCGCCAUCGGGCUGGCCGCCAUCGGGUCCGGAGUGGGCCAGGGCAUCGCCUCCGGCCGCUGCAUCGACGGCAUCAGCCGCCAGCCGGAGGUUGCCGACGACCUGCGCGGCGUGCUCCUCCUGUCCCUCGCCUUCAUGGAGUCGCUGACGAUCUACGGGCUCGUCAUUGCGCUGGUGCUGCUCUUUGCCAACCCGCUCAUCAAGUAG